GUAUGUUAAGUAUUUAAUGCGAUACAUACAUACAUACAUACAUGUAUAUUAAAAAAAAAAAAUUAAAUAUUAUUAAAGUAAACGGUUUCAAUUGAAUGUGAUUUUUAAAGUGGUGUCAAGUUGAAGUAUCCGUUUGAAUUUUUAAAAGAACGUCAAUUUAGGAAUAAAAUAAAUCCGUACAAUAAUAAUUUAAAUAGAAUUAAUAUAAAAAGUGAUAAUAUUAACAAUAAAAAUAUGAUUGACUGCCUUUAUGAUAGUUUACCAAAUUUACCAAGAUGGCAUGUCCUUGGAAUUGCAGUUGUUGGUUAUGUCGUUUAUUAUUUAUUUCAAGUGGCAAAACGCCCAAUAUUAGCUGUAUCCGAUGGACCAUUUAAAACAUUCCUUAUGAAAAAUGUUCCAACAUUAGAAACAAAAUUUUGGCCAACAUUUUGGUGUGUUGAAAGUCGUGCACAAACAGUUUUUGCAAGUAUUUUACGUUCUCAAAUUUUACCAAAAAUUAAUUAUGAUAGAGAAAUUCUUACACUAAAAGAUGGUGGUGAAGUUGCAUUAGAUUGGUUAGAAAGUGGUUGUAAAUCUGAUUCCCCUGUAAUUAUAAUAUUACCUGGUUUAACUGGUGAAUCACAAGCUGAAUAUAUUAAAUGUUUAGUAACUGCUGCUAAUAAUGCUGGUAUUAGAGCAGUUGUAUUCAAUAAUAGAGGUUUAGGUGGAAUACCAUUAAAAACACCAAGAUUAUAUUGUGCAGCAAAUUGUGAAGAUUUAUCAGAAGUUGUUAAUCAUGUUCGUAAGAAAAAUCCUCAUGUAAAAUUGGGUGCAACUGGUAUAUCAAUGGGUGGUUUAAUUCUCGGAAACUAUUUAUCAAAUCAUAGUGAAGAAGCGAAGAGAAUACUAACAGCAGCAAAAAUAAUUUCAGUACCUUGGGAUGUUCAUAAGGGAACCAUAAGUAUUGAAACACCAGUAUUAAAUUGUUUAUUAGGAAGACAUUUAACUUCAAGUUUAUGCCGUACUUUAAGCAGAUGUGAAAUAUUUCGUGAUACAGAUAUUGAUUGGGACCGUAUAAUGUCAUCAAAAACAAUAAAAGAAUUCGAUGCUUUAUUUACAUCAAAACAAUUUGGUUAUGAAACAGUUGAUCAUUACUAUGAUGCAGCAACUUUACACAAUAAAUUACAUAAGAUAUCAGUGCCUUUACUUUGUUUGAGUGCCGCCGAUGAUCCGUUUCAACCAUUGGAUGCUAUUCCAAUGAAAGCAGCCGAAGAAUCAAGUCAUGUUGCUAUUGUUGUAACAGCACGUGGUGGACAUAUUGGAUUUUUAGAGGGAUGGUGGCCUUCUAGUAAGGAUCAAUAUAUGGGUCGAUUAUUUAGUGAAUUUUUUACAGGUGCUCUAUUCGAUCAUGAUAAGCAAUUUGAAGAGACAUCAAAAUUUCUAUCUGAAUAUCGUUUUAAAAAAAGUAAAACCCAAUUAGAUAAAAUAGAAUAAUUAAUAUAAUAAAUAUUUAUGUAUAAUGUAGAAAAAAAAAACAAAAAAGAUCAACUAUAUAUUGUAUAGAAAACAAAAACAAACUAAAGUAGAAAAAAAAUUGCAAUAAUAUAAUCAUAGUAAUUAAUAAUUCGAAAAAUUAUACUGAUAAUAAUGUUAUCGAAUAAUAUUUAUUCAACAAAAACAACAAAAAAGAAACAUUUAUCAA